AUGGAAUUAGAUCAAACGACGUUUUAUUCUAUUUUAGGUCUAUCGUCCAAUGCCACUGCAACUGAAAUUUCAAAGUCAUAUAAAAAACUUGCAAGAAAGUUCCAUCCAGAUAAAUCAAAAUUGAAUAAUACAGAAACAAUAUUUAAAAUUAUCGUAGAAGCAUAUGCUAUUCUAUCUAAUGAAGAAUUGAAAUCAAAAUACGAUAAGGAAUUAAUGCUUAGUGGACUAUAUGAAUACAGUCCAAAAGAUAAAGUUCCUUUGAAUAACCCAUUUAAUGCUCCUGUUUAUCAUAGAAGAGGCAUGCCAUAUGAACAACAACCCUAUGGAUUUGGAUUUGAAACCAAGAAAUAUGAUGAUAUGGAGAGAACAAGGACUGAUAAAACAGCCUUUAAGCAACCAUCUUCUAAUAAACUUAAAUCAUUUAAUAUUAAGACGUAUCAAAGAAGUCAAAAACGAUAUUCGAAUGAUAUGAAUUUAAAUACUAAAAUUAAUGAAAAAAAUAAUUUUGGUAUCAGUAAAAAUGAAAAACAAAAUAACACUUUUAUUAACAGUGGACAUGACGAUGUUAAUAUAGAUAUUCAACCAAAUUUUCCAUCAAAUGCUAAUAUAAAUAAAGACUUCAAUCAUGCAGAGUCAGAUUAUAAUUUGAACUAUAAAGAUUCAGGGAAAAAACAUAUUGAAACAAAUUUCGAAACAACCGAUAACCUUAGGGGUGAAAAACAAGCUACUUUUGAUAACAAAUCCUUUUCUAAAAAACAGGAGCGUAGUUUCAGUGUUAGUAAUGAAGAAGGAAAUAUCAAGGACAUUAAAGAAUCACGUUCAAAACUUCAUAAACUUGAGCAUCCUAACAGAGAAUCCACCCAUUCAGAACAACCAUUACCAAAUUGGGAUUAUGCUCAACGUCAACGUUUUCGAACAAAACAAAAGAAUAAGGAAUCACUGAGAAGAUCUACAUCACCAAUAAAGAUGGCUUUUACAAAUGAUAAUAUUAGUAUCAAUGAUGAGUGGAACAACAACAUUCGUGAAAUUAUUGAAAAGAUGAAAAAUAUAGAUCAGACAACGGCAAAAGCUACAGAUGCCACUAACAUUAAUACAAAAAGAAGAGAGGAUUUUGCAUUUGAUUUGGGCAAAAUUGAUGAAUCUCUGGAAUCUAUCCCAAUACCCUCACCAAAAAGAUCUAAAACGAUGGGGAAUAAUUCAUUCCUACAUAAACCAGUUAAUAUCACAUUACCCCGAAUAUAUAAAAAAGAAAUAAUUCAAGAAGAAGAGACUUUUAUAAAUUUAGAAAUCUUGAAAAGAGAAUCACCAAAAUUACCCAAUUUUCAAAUCGACUUAUCUAAUCCAUUGGAAUUAGAGAAUUGUAAAGAAGAUAUUAGUAGGUUUAUCACAGAUUGUAACAUUUUGAAAAGAGAUAUAAUGUCAAUAUAUAUGAAUAGACUAAUGUUUGAUAUGGAAAAUAAAGAAAGGUUACUCAGAAUUGAAAAUAUUGGCACAUGGUUAAAAUGUCGUCAAUAUGAUUCAGAGUUGGCAAAUAAGAUACAAGAACUGGAAUAUAAGCAAAGCAUGAUAAUACAUGCAUUUAAUAAUAUGAUUUCAGGCAUAUAUUCAUCAAAACCUACAUGGUAUUCAUAA